AUGAACGAGGACUACAACAUUGAAGCAGAUGCCGAAUUAGGACGAACUACAUUUGAGGAUGACAAUCUUCUUAAGCAAAAUACACCUAUAUCAAAACCUAUGAGCCCCAGACUGCAUGCUCGUCGUGCUUCUAUGCAAGAGACAACUUGGACAAUUAAAGACUCUUUCCACGUAACUACAAAAGAUGUCGUACAACGAUGUAUACAUACUUUAAUUCCUACGACGAAUUUCUUUGACGUUAUCGAUGAUAGACCUGAUUUAUAUGGUCCUUUUUGGAUAACAACAACUGUUGUCCAAGCAUUGUUUUUUUCCAAUUCCAUCACUGACUAUGUGCGCCAUCUCACGGGCUUGAUAGACGCCCCUUAUUCCAUUGGUAAGCUGGUCUCUGCAGCUUCAAUCAUUUACGGAUAUACUGCCAUUGCUGCAGCCAUACUUUGGGGGUUCUUGGUUUGGAACAAGUGCAAUCCAAAAUUACUCGAUUGUGUAUGCAUAUAUGGUUACGCCAAUAUCAGCUGGCUUCCUGUUUCUUUGAUGACUCCUCCUUUUGGACUAUUGUCUUCUUUCGUAUCUCACAUCGUAAAAUGGAUAUUGACAUCUGUCGGUCUGGGUAUCUCACUUCUCUUUCUUGUCCGAAACUUGUAUCCUGUUUGUCAACAGGCGGGAACGUAUUUCUGUAAGCUUUCCAUAGCUGGAAUUAUCGUCCUUCAUAUUUUACUUGCAAUAACUCUGCAACUUAUUUUUUUUAAAUAA